CCCAGCGAAUCCCAGCUUCAUUUCCACAGAUUCCCAGUGUGUCUGAUGCCCUGUUAUUCUGAAGACAUAGAAUGGUUCCCAGUAUAGAGAAUGCACUCGACAGUGUUUACGGAUGAAGAAGGGAAUGAAUGGAUCUUCUCACUAUCCCUGGACAUGACCUUACAUCUUUGCUCUCCAACACUGUAUUUGCGUGUUCAGUGCUUGGAGUGGCUGUGAGUGAAAUCCCGAGAAAGACUCCUGGCGACUGAGUUGUUGACAAUGGAGCCUCUGGAAUCAGUGACGUUUGAAGAUGUAGCGAUCAACUUCACCCAGGAAGAGUGGGCCCUGCUGGACACAUCCCAGAAAACCCUGUUCAGAAACGUGAUGCUGGAAAAUAUCACCCACCUGGUCUCCGUAGGGUAUCAGAUCAGCAAAUCACAUGUGAUUUCCCAGCUCGAACAAGGAAAAGAGCUGUGGAGUGAAGCAACAGGAUGCCUCCAAGGCCAGAGUCCAGGAGGAAACGUAAUGUCAGCAAACUGUGGAAAUUCACUUAGUCAAGGGUCAUUCCUUGACGGACAGGGUCACAUUCACACUAGAGGUAAAUCAUGUGAAUGUCCUUUCUGUGGGAAAGCCUUUAGUAAUUCCUCUAGCCUCAGACGACACAAGAUGAUUCAUACUGGAGAGAAACCAUAUAAAUGUCAUCUCUGUGGAAGUGGCUUUUUUCAAAGUUCUAACCUUAGAAAUCACAAGUGGAUCCACACUGGAGAGAAACCAUAUAAAUGUCAUGUGUGUGGGAAAGUCUUCAGUCAAAGUUCCUACCUGAAAGAACAUGAGAAAAUUCACACAGGAGAGAAGCCAUAUAAAUGCCAUCUAUGUGAGAAAACUUUUAAUCAAAUCUCUUACCUUAGAAAACAUAAGAAAAUCCAUUCCCGAGAGAAGCACUAUGCAUGUCAUCAGUGUGGGAAAGCCUUUAGUCAGAGCUCUGGACUUAGUCAGCACAAGAGAAUCCACACUGGAGAGAAACCACACAUAUGUCUUCUGUGUGGGAAGGCCUUCAGUCACAGUUCUGAAUUGACUCGGCACAAAAGGACCCACACAGGAGAGAAACCCUAUAAAUGUCAGCAGUGUGGGAAUGCUUUCAGUCAAUGUACAAACCUGAGAAGACAUGAGAGAACCCACACUGGAGAGCAGCCCCAUGAAUGUCAGUGGUGUGGGAAAUGCUUCAGUCACGACUCUUCCCUUAGACGACAUGAGGGAAUUCAGCACUGGAGAGAAAGUCAGGAGGGCCCUCAGUAGACGUUCUGACCUGAGAUGACAUGGCGUCAUACAUGUGAGGAAUGUGGAUGGAACACCAGCAUAGCUUUAGCAUUUAACCACACCAAGGUUCACACCCACUAAAGAAACUCUGUCUGUAAUCAAUAUGGACACUUGUUCAGGCAUCACGCUCCUCAGUCCAGACAGGCAUCACCUGUGGAUGUGGAUCCAUAUGUGCCCUGUCUCUGUGGCAAAGCCUUUAGUCAUUGGCCUGACCUCAGGUAACUUAGCAGAAUUCACUCUGUAAAUACAGUAUGGGUGUUUUUAGCAACAGCUCCCAACUCUAAAGACCCUAGAGCAGUGGUCCCCAGCCUUUCUGGCACCAGGAACCACUUUCGUGGAAGACAAUUUUUCCACGGAUGGGGGGCCACGGGGAUGGUUCAGGUGGUGAUGCAAGCUAUGGGGGGCAGCAGAUGAACCUUUGCUUGCUUGCCCGCCGCUCACCUCCUGCUGUGCGGCCUAGUUCCUAACAGGCCACAGACCAGUACUGGUCCAUGGUCUGGGGGUUGGGGACCCCUGUCCCAGAGGGCUUGAGCAGAGGAUAACCAACCCCUAGUUAUCCUUUGAUAAUUAUGGUCAACAUGAGCCAACUCCCAGUGGAGAACCACUAAGACUAUAAUAACUGUAAAUAAACAUUCAGCCAAGCACCAGGUUUGAUGUGCACAGGAAACUCAGUGAAAGAAUAAACACUAAAUCAAGAACAAAGAUGAAGACUUGAGAAAUACGAAAGUUUGCUGAGCAACACCAGAGCAUACUUAUAAAUAAUUCAUACUGGACAAGUGAAUCAAUGUAAGGUCAUGAGAAAUUCUUUAUUCAUAGAGCAACCUCUCUGGUACAUGUGUGCUCAGACUGUACAUCACACCUUCAGUGUUCUGAAGGAAGGGAAAUUUUCAGUGGUCACUUAUUUCUUAGUCAACAUUAAAUUCUCACAUUGAGGAUGCAGCAAUCCUAAAAAUCAAAAUGGAGAUAUAGCUAGAUUUUACAUCAGAAAAAAAAUGACUUGAGUAUGUGGAAGAAGGAGCCUCUAAAAGAAUCCUUUAACAUACAGUCAGGCAAAUUGUGAUCUGGUGAAAUACCUCUUCAUGAAAAUGUGGCAUAAAAAGGAGAGUAAAGUGAUCUAGCAAUAUAGAAUGUAGAG